AUGGCCGGCAUACAAGCGCAAAAGUGGCAGACCAAGCUCGAUGGCCUCGAGAACCUUUCUAGGGCCGCCGGCGCCAUGCCCAAGCCCAGCAAGGGCGAGGUCCUCGUCAAGAUCAGUGCCGUGUCUCUCAACUACCGUGACACCGAGGUCAUCAUGGGUCUCUACAACCACCACAAAACAGUCAACGCGGGUGACAUUGACCCCCUCGUGCCCUGCUCCGACAUGUGCGGCACCGUCGUGGCCGUCGGCGUCGACAACGACAACGACGCCCCGCUCUGGGCUGUCGGCGACCGCGUCCUCUCGACCUUCAACCAGGCCCACCUCACGGGCCAGAUCAAGGCGCCCAUCAUGGCGUCGGGCCUCGGCCUGCCGCUCGAGGGCGUGCUGCAGACGCACCGCGUCUUCCCCGCGACGGGCCUCGUGCGCGCGCCGAGCCACAUGUCCGACGAGGAGGCGGCGUGCCUGCCCAUCGCCGCCGUCACGGCCUGGAUGGCCAUCAACCAGUUCCGCCCCCUGGGCGCGCCCGGCGGCCCGCGGCGAGACGGUGCUGCUGCAGGGCACAGGAGGCGUCAGCGUCAGCGGGCUGCAGAUUGCCAAGGCCCGCGGGGGCGACGACUCGAAAAGGCCAAGGCCCUCGGCGCCGACCACGUCAUCAACUACCGCACGACGCCCGACUGGCAGGCCCAGGUCAUGGCGCUGACGGGCGAGGAGGGCGCCGACGUGAUCCUCGAGACGGGCGGCGCGCAGACGCUGCGCAAGUCGUUCGACUGCGUCGCGUACGGCGGCGUCAUCGCGUGCAUCGGCUACCUGUCGGGCAAGCAGGACGAGGCGGGCGACCGGACCAACGUCAACCUGCUGGCGCUGGCGCGCAACGUGACGCUUAAGGGCAUCCUCAACGGGCCGCGCGACCGGUUCGAGGAGAUGGUGCGGUUCUACGAGGCGCACGCCAUUCGGCCGGUCGUCGAUCGCGUUUUCGGGUUCGAGGAGGGCAGGGAGGCGUUGCAGUAUCUGUUCAGCGGGUCGCACUUUGGCAAGGUCGUGGUGAAGGUCGAUGUGUAA